GAAUGCGUUCAUCCUGAGAACUUCCCCCGCAUAGACUUCUCAAGCUUGUCAUGGCUGUUGCCUUCAGGUGGCUGGCCAAGUGCCUUCCGGUACAACCAUUGUAAGUCCUAUUCUGAGUGAGCAAAGUAAUUCAAGCCUCGUCCCCCGUUCUCACGCAGAAGCUUGGCCAUGCUCUGUUCACCUACUUAAAGUUACGUGACACAGGGUCUUACUCUCACUCUCGGCUUGAUUUUUCGUUGAGUUUUUUUUCUCCCCCCUCCACAUUCUCUUGUAGCGUGAGUUCAUUGCGAUGUUGACCUUCCUCAAAUCCACUGGCGUUCAUGUUUCGGUCUCGACCGCUACAGAGCCAGCUAAGGUCGAGAAGGCGGUUCUUGAAGUUGACCCUACGGCUCCGGUGCCAGACGCAUCUCCCGCCGCAGAUGUUGCUUCGAUUCAUUCAGCCAACUCGUCUUCUUCGUUGCAUUCAUCUCCCUCUAAAUCCUCCCACACAGACGCAUAUGGAGUACCCUCAAAUACGGGUUCUCCUCAAGUAGCCAACCUGUCGCUCACGCCUGUGCAGCCAGCAUCUAUGACCUUGCCACAGUCAUCUGAGCAGUCGCUUCUAGUACCCCCUAGCCCAGGGCGAAGUCCUGCCGCUGAAAGCGCAGGCAAUGCGAGCCUGGGGGUGCCGGGUGUAAAUCCUUAUCCCAACGCUAAAACCGGGAAGGACUUUAAUCGUUUCUCCUUUCGUUCAUUUUCCUUCUUGCGCUCCGAGUCGAAACUUCCUCAGCCGGAGCGCAAAAUUUCCCAGCACUCCGAACCCAUUCACACACAACAAUCCAAGGCUCAUGAGAAAGAGAAGAAAUCACGUGUUAGCAAGGCGUUCACCGUUCGUGUACUGCAGUCCAAGGCCUCUGAUAGGCGUGCCAGGGAUACCGCAGCCAUAGUUCGUUCCGUCAUCGUGGGGGAUCAUGAAAUGGUGGACGGCAGAGCAAAGAGGUCGAAACCACUUUCUAAAUCUGACCUAACGCGUGUCAAAGCGCAGCUUCUCGAGCCAAAAUCUGCUAGAAAGAUCAUGGACCACCUGCACUCAAUGUCUGCAUCAUCAGCAGAUACGGGAUCUGCCAACACUGGGCCAAUCCAUGCAGUAUGUUUUGACGCGGUCGACAAGGAAGUCCACGAGCAACACUUUGUACAGCUUGGCUCGGUCGCUACUGCAACAACGACUGCGUUAUCCGACGCGUUGUCCAACGUGCACCUCGUUAACCUUAUUACUGCCCCAGAUCUGGGUUUCGGCGCGCCAGCGUCAUCGCCAGGACUGUUGGCAGGUGCCGUCCCUAGCGCCGAAGCUAUCAUUGAUGGUCUCCAACAAAUAACUCCCCAGUUACUUGCGCUUGGUUAUGCAACGAGCAAGGCAGUUCUUCCAGAUCAUAAGGGCGUUGUCGUUCCCACAGAUCGUAUUUCUGUUUUGACGUACUGGUGGGGUUUUGAGGUCUGCAUGCCGCCUCCCACAAUUGAGCUCCUAGCUGCAGCUGCCUCGCCAGGUACUACUUUGCUCAAUCUGCUGACUGCAUUGUCGGUGCUCAGCCCCGGCAUCCGCGAAGUAUUGCCGUUCAUUCGCUAUAUUGCUCAGUUCGUGCAAACCGAGUGGCAUAUGAUAAAGGCUGCCGAUCACGGUAAGGGAGUUGUCUGCUGCGCUACCUGGAUCAUGCCAGCGGCGAUGGUUCCUCGUCCAUGGGACUUCCCUGACCCGCCUCCUGCAACUAUUGUAGUUGGCCCAGGGGCAAAUCUUGCGCCCACUGCAUCGAGGACUACUACAGUUGCUGCUACGCCUAAGCCUUCCGUUGAUGCGCCGCGCGCCUCGUCCACGUACUCCAGCGAAACUGGCGAGGAGGAGGCACGACACGGGAUAUCGAGUGACCCUCCUGUUCUCCCAGAGCUCAAAGUUAGUUCCCCUGCGUCGACCGAGGGUGCAACUUCCAUCGACCUCCAAGUCCACAAGCCUUCUGCGGAUGUUCCCAGGGAUGCCGAUUCCAUUGCUCUGUAGUCAUUUUCGCUAUCCUUCUCGUUACGACAUGUCACGAUUUUCCGGUUGAAGUUGGUCCUUUUGCAGCUCCCUUUCCGCCUGCUUUUUCCGUUUUCGACCGAUAAUCGUCUGGACUUACUAUACCCU